AUGGCAAUGUUCUGGAAAUUCAUGAGAGUAGCUAAGUAUUCUAAAACAGCUUUAUCACCAAAAGUAAAGGUAAGAGGAAUUCCCACCCAUUCAAGGCAUUCUUCAUCCAAGUCUGUACCUUCAGAUUUUGCUGCCAACGCACCCUGCUCAAAUACCGUGGAACUAGUUGGUAAAGCUUAUCCUCAAGAUGACUACAGCAACGUCACAGAGAAGAUUCUUUCCAAGGUGGGGAAGAACUUGCAUAACAAAAAGCAUCACCCUUUGUGGCUAAUCAAGGAGCAGGUGAAGGACCACUUUUACAAACAAUAUAUAGGACGCCGUGGGACUCCACUCUUUUCUGUCUAUGAUGGUCUUUCUCCAGUGGUUACAGUACAGCAGAAUUUUGAUAGUUUGCUUGUCCCACAAAACCAUGCCAGCAGAAGGAAAGAGGAUAACUAUUACUUGAAUCGUGAUCACAUGCUAAGAGCACAUACAUCAGCUCAUCAGUGGGACUUGAUACACUCUGGCCUAGAUGCCUUUCUGGCAGUGGGAGAUGUCUACCGCCGUGAUACAAUUGAUAAUACACACUACCCAGUCUUCCAUCAGAUGGAAGGAGUUCGGCUCUUCUCCAGUCAUGAGUUGUUCUCCAGCAUUAAAGAUGGUGAAGGCUUACAGUUGUUUGAGGAAGGUCAUCGCACUGCGCACAAGCAAGAGUGUCACACCAUGGAGGCAGUGAGGCUGGUGGAGUUCAACCUGAAGCAAGUGCUCACAAAGCUCAUGACUCACAUUUUUGGUGAUG